GAGGCGUUGGUGAAGGGUGAAAAUUAUUGUUGGAAGCUACAAUUGAUGGACUAUAGUAAAAUAAUCAUGGUCUAUUUGUAAGGAUGAGCCUAAAGAAAUAGAAUUAAAAAAAUUUGAGAAAUUAUUUUCUAGAGGCGAGUUUUAAAAGCAGAAACGUCUAAAAUGACAAACUCGACUCCAAUGAACUGCACUGAAUUACGUCCCUCUGCAAAAUCGGAUUUAACAGGGGACGAUGUAUUGAAUAUAGUAUUUUACACUCUCAUCUUCUCUGUGGGAAGUGUUGGAAAUGCUCUCGUUCUGUAUGUUAUACUCCGCUACUCCAAAAUGAAGACGGUGACAAACAUUUAUAUCUUCAACUUGAGUGUAGCUGAUCUGAUAUUUCUUUGUGGAAUGCCUUUUAUUAUUUGCAUGUUCGUUAAAAACCAAUGGAUAUUCGGGGAUAUUGUUUGCUAUUUAUAUUACUUCUCUCAGUGCGUGAACCAAUUUACUGGAGCAUUCACAUUACUGGUAAUGGCUGGCGACAGAUUCUUGGCCGUCUGCUAUCCAAUAAAGUCAAUGGGUUGGAGAACCUUAAGUCGAGCUUAUUUAGCCUUGACCAUAAUUUGGAUAGGUUCGAUCGGAGCUCUUGCUCCCAUAAUUAUUUAUGUCAAGGUCAAUAGGAAAGUGUCGAACUGCACCUAUAAAACCAGUUGUGGAGUAGAUGCUCCAAUAUUUGGUUCAAUUCCUGGUGUUACAGCUUAUAUGCUUUAUUCAGUGGUCCUCGGGUACAUUAUACCAGUUAUCGGUAUUAUAUGCCUUUAUUGCCUACUUGUUGGUAAACUCCGACGAGCAACGCAAAGAUCAGAGAGGAAGAAAAAAUCUCAUAAGAAAGUAACAAAAUUAGUAACGAUAAUUAUUGCUGUCUUCAUUAUCUGUUGGCUGCCUUACUGGUCAUUUCAGCUUUACUUUUCCUUCGCUCAUGCACUUAAACAAAAGCCAACUAGGUCAGCUAUUGUAGCCUUUAAGGUUUCGAACGUACUAGCCUACGCCAAUUCGAUGAUUAAUCCCGUUUUAUAUGGCUUUACAAACGAUCAAUUCAAGGAGUCUUUCAUCUCCGCUUUUCAUUGCGUAUCGGACAGGAUGUUUUCUGCGCGGAGACAAUCCAAUGCUGAUCCAACAAUGGAAUUUCGUCGUUUAGAUAAGGCUCCUAUUGUAGCUUCGCCUACAACUGAAGCUGAUCUGUGAAGCACUGGAAAUCAACAUCGCUAUUAAUUUCUUCUCUGAACCUUUUUUUUUAAACAAACAAAAGAAACAAAAAAAAAACAAAGAAUUCUUUUUCCCUUCUAUCUUUUCAUCAUUGAACGUAUUUUUAUCAGCUUCACCGGGAGUCCCCUCAUUAAAGUCUAAUUAGGGUCUUCCUCUCCGUCCUGCAUACUCCUUUGUUCCGAUGAUCAAAAAGAGGUAUGAAGAAGAUAUGAGAAUGAUAACAGGUGAAACACGGAGAUAAAUUUCUAAGACUUUUAAACAAAUCCAGUAGUUUAUUUGACCUUAAAUGUUUUCAAUAUAGAUGCUAUCGUAAUUGUAAAUAACUUUAAAAUGCUGUACAAGUAAUCUGUUAAUAUAAAACGACACGAAGUACUAUUGCAGUAUUACAUGUAUAUAUAUAUAUAUAUAUAUAUAUAUAUAUAUGUAUAU